UAAAGUUAAAAAUCUUUGGUAACACUGUUGCAUUGUGUUGCCUUGUCUAGAAUGUCAGACAGCAACAUCUAGUCGCCUCGUUUUUUUAAAAUUUAUUUUGUAUUAGGGUCCUUGGGUUCUGAAGAAAUGGAGAAAAAAGAACAGUGAUUUUCCUGGUGUCAAGAGUAGAGUUGGAUGCCUUAAACAGGGCCUUGGGCUUUUCGGUAGUUUAAUAACUUAGUAGCCUAACAUCAACAUUUGCCUACUUACAGACAUUUUGUGGCAUGAAGUGGCUGAUAGCCUAUCCAUAAAAUAGGCUACAUAAUCGUCAACAUGGUUUAUUUUGACAUCUUGAGACUUUGAAGCGAUGGAGAUAGAAAAUUAUCGAAAAUUGAUUAGCCAACAAUAUGCCUAGUAGGUUACUCUAGCCUAGUUGACACCAGGCCCAAAUUCCAAAUUUGCCGGAAGUUCGUCUGGGUUUCCCAGGCUAUAUGCCUAGGCUACCUACCAUCCUUUUUGUCCAUUGAGUAAAUGGUCAAAAGGUCAGGUACACCUAAUGGCUCAAAGGUUACUCUGUUAUCUUAACAUUUCUAGUGAUCGACUGGUCAUAGAGAUAUUUUCGCUCUAAGACGUUUUACAUGUCUGGAUUCAAGAUGUUCGAAACGAAAAACGGAUGGAAUAUCUCAGUGGCCGGUUGUGGUUUUAUGGGCAUUUACUAUAUUGGCGUGGGGAGCUGUUUACAGGAAAGAGCCAGUUAUUUACUUGAUGGUGCUACCAAGAUCUGCGGAGCCUCGUCGGGUGCCUUGUUUGGGGCGGCAAUUGUAUGUAAAAUAUCAAUGGGCAAAACCUGUGCCAUCAUGAUGGAGAUGGCCAGAAAGGCCGGCAAGCGACGUCUCGGUGCUUUGCACCCUUCAUUCAACCUGCUCAAGCUUGUCAAGGACUUUAUGGUCCGUGAGCUACCAGAUGAUGCCCAUCUGCUCGCCAGUGGCAAACUCUGUAUAUCCCUGACUAGAGUGUCUGAUGGAAAGAACUUGCUGGUGUCCCAUUUUGACUCCAAGGAAGACUUCAUGCAGGCUCUCAUUUGUAGCUGUUUUUUCCCACCGUUUUGUGGCUGGAUGCCUCCCUCCUUCCGUGGCAGACGGUACAUUGAUGGUGCAAUCAGUGACAAUCUGCCCUUUUGGAAGCUGAAGAGCACUAUCACUGUCUCGCCAUUCUCUGGUGAGAGUGACAUUAGCCCACGCGAGAGUCCAUUUUACUACCAUGAGGUCCAGUACAACAAUGUCAGCAUACAUUUGAACCUCAACAAUAUGUAUCGGGUGGCUGGUGUUUUCCUGCCCCCAGAGCCUGAGGUGCUGGGACAAAUGUGUCGAGAUGGAUACAGAGAUACACUACAAUUCCUACAUGGGAACAACCUUUUGAAGAUGGACCCACUACCAGAACUGUCUUUUGCUGAGGUCCCUUUCACACCCACGACCUGGAAUGAAAUGAAGCAGCUGCUAGACUCUGAAAAUAAAGAAAUUAAUUGUAAUGCCAUACAGCAGAAAAACAGUCAUGUUAAACAUAAGCAACACUGGCAAGAGGAAGAGACUACAAACGUACUUCCCGUUCCCAUUGAAAAAGUGAUUUCUGAGUCAUGUAAGGAGAUGGAUGGUCCAUUUGCCGCAGCAAGAGAGUAUGUUUUUGUGCGGGUGUUGGUCGAGAUCCUGAUGCUGUGCAUUCUGCCUGUGGAGUUUGCCUUUGCCUUUGUUUACAGCAGACUGAUCGAGUGGGCCCCAGAGAUGACCUCAGAUUUGCAGUGGAUGUGCAGUCUAACCUGGGACCUUUGUAAAUUGAUACACAAUGGAUACACAAACGGAAAUGAAGUCCAACAGAAGAGCAGUCAUGUGUCUUGCCUUGAUCUACAGACGCUUUCCUCUCAAAGUCUGUCUGAAUGGGACGACUCAGAUGUAUCACCUCUGUAUCCUAAACCACUAUAGUAUACAAUAGUACAUUUGUCACUAGUCA